AAGCUGCCAGAAAACAUUGCAUUCUGCAGUGACAAUCUAAGCCCAGACAUGAUCCACACUGGAUACAUAACCGAACAUGGAUUACGUUACUGUUUCACAGUCUGACAUCAUCGUUUGAUCUGAACGGGUGGGGUAGAAAAUCAGGAACGGACUAUGCUGACGUCACCAGGAAACUAGAAAAAAUAUAAAGGUGAGGACCAAAGCGAAGGCAAAAGAAGGAAGAAAAGAAUGAGACAGGUGUAUCAGCAGGACCUCCAUUCAGAAACGUUCAUUUAGUCAUUUGGGGACAGAAUAUGGCUAGUGCUUUGCAAUAUUUUGUUCUGGUCCUAAUUCUUGGCAUUCAGAUACAUGAGUGCACGGUGGUAUUCCAAAAUGAAAACUGCAUCAAAGAGGGACCUUGUUUUGAUCUGAACUUGUUGGCGAAUAUAGCCGUGCAUGUCAGCAAAGAUGUGGUAGCUGCAGAUGGUGAGAAGAUCCUCCUGAGGCACAAUUCCUUUGACAAAAUACGGAGAAAGAAAAAUCUUCACAGCUGUAUCCUGCAGAAAAUCAUCGACCUAUUUCAAAAGGUUCUCAUUGAGACAGAGAAGACGUCUGUCCCUCACAAAGACAUGAACUACCAUCGUGAGCUUAUACACAUUUUGGAUCAACUCAGAAACUGUGUUUAUAAGAUAAAAUGUACUAAGCUAGAUGAAAAGGCUGCAACUUCCUCCAUAAAUAUUCCGGAGAAAGAAAUGAAACCAAAACAGCUUGCUAUAUUACAGCUCCAAAAACUGAAGAAUGCCAAUGAGAGUCUCAGUGAUGUGCAUAUCCAGCAGAGCGUCAUGGAUGAGCUAAAAACCCUCCAUUCCUACAUGCGAGGAAAAGGCUUCCGGAAAAAUACGAUUGACUAUGGAGAGGAAUAGCGUUCCAUGCAGCCAACAAUGUGUUAUGUAACAUCUCUGCCCGAUCACUUUAAGACGUGACAGUUUAAGAAGGGACAGAAUAACAAGCUAUCACUUCGAAAUUAGACCACAUUUUCUUUACCUUUUGUUUUUAAUAUGGAAUUUUUGUUGUUUAUGCUUUUAGUGCAAAUACCUUUUUUGCUUCAUUUUAAGUAAUGAGUAUUUAAACAGUAUAUGCAUAUUGCUUACGUACUUUCGGUGAAAGAUUGAGUGUACUGCAAUAAACGCAGGUGUGAAAAUAGACCAAGUAUAUAUAUUUUUGUUAAUGAAAACACAAGACAAAUGUUUUCCUUGUAUUUUUAUUCAUUUGUCUGCCUUUCUGUCUGUCUAUUUUCCUUCUUUCUUUCAACUACAAGCUCUAACAGAACUGCUUGUCUCCUGUGCAUUUGACACUCACGCUCCUGCGACUGAUGGCAUGCAUGCACAAAACUCAUGCAAGUUAGAAGCAAACCAUGUAUGUGACACUCAUUAUUACUUAGUGAUGGUGAGAUAGUGGUUCUUUAACACAAUGCUAAACCCAUAACCCAUCUCUAAUGUAAUCUAUGACAUGCUAAUUUUGUGUAAUUUUUUUUUUUUGAGAGAGAGAAUGAGGGCAUUUCAUGCAACCCUUUUCAUGCUGGCAUCUGCCUAAUUUUUUCUCAUUUGCUUUGGCACAUUUUUCUAAACAUUCUUAACAUUCUCUAAACUGUAGCUUAAUUAUCACAACUGUUUGCUUGAACUCUAUUGUAAGUCUGCAAAAUGUAUUUACUCACCCGAAACACUUAAUUCAUGCUUCAAAACCUAUUGUGUCAGUAAAUUGGCCAAUGCCACCAACAUAAAAAGUGUUUUUGUCUUUGUGUAAGCCACACUGGUUGAAAUGUUUAGAUGUUUUGGUAGCACAUUAUUUUACAGUCAUGUUCCCUAUGCAUAUUAUAGCAAUUACAAUAACUUGGUAAUAACUAGGUACUAACUCUAAACUUACCCCUAAACCUUUAUGUUAACUACUAUAUGUACACUGUAAGUACACAUACUGUAAAAAAGUGCAACUGAUGGAAAUAUUUUUAUAUA